AUGGAGGUGAUUAUCUUCGCAUCCUUGGGAGCACCCGAUUUCCCGUCGGUAACAAAAUCAGCACCACAGCUGCUUCGCAAUAUGGGGGGAGGCUCGUCCCGUCCGUCGCCGCCUCCUCGCGUCGCAAAGACGCUGUGGUCUACCACUGUCUGGAUCCAGCAUUUGCCUCCAAUCGUCUCUGACACAACCCGUGAAGUCAUUCUCUCUAUCAGGCAGAUCCGCAGCCGAUACUUGACUGGAGGCAUCUCGAGCCUAGGUCCCGAGGAGGUGGCGCUGCUCCUUGGGAGACUUAAUGUCUUGGUUGAAGAUGCUCGACACGCAGCCAACAUUCGGGACUAUGUUACGCUCUGUACUGAAGAGACUAUUGUGCGCUUAUUGACCGACCAUGGGCCUAUUUCACAAAAACUGCUUGAAGUUGCUCGUGCUGUAAACCCAUUCAUCGGGUCUCAAGCGAAUGAUGUGGGGAGAUUGGAGGCAGACUCUACCUCUGGAGAAGAUGGCAACCUACCUAUUCCUUUUCGGCCGUCUGAUACGUGUCUGAUAGAUGAGUGUGAGAAGGAUCUCUUGGUCUUGUUAUGUUACUGUGAUAUUGCUGUUCUCGAAGGGUCCAUCGAGGAGGCUUUGGCUCAACUGUUGAAAAUGGCAGAAAAGUACGGCACUAUUAAGGACCUAGAUCUUCGUAAAGAACCCCUUUCGGAAACCGAGAUCAACAUUCACUGGAUCCUGUUCUACUUGGAAGACAAGAUCUCACAAGCAAUAGCCGCCGGCGGAAUCUCACGCGAGUCUGACACAAAGCUUGACUUUGAGAGGAGCAUUCGAAUGAGUCGCUUGUUGACAAUAUUGCAUCGCAAACCAGGACAAGCCGUGGUGGCGAUCGAGAACGAGACACCUACUCAAAGGCAUCAAGAAGACGCGGCCUGGUAG